AGUGCCGUGGUAAACACUUAGCUCGUUAGCUAGCCGCACGCAGCGAUAGCGCUAAUAAUGCGUGUACGGCAAGUUUAAAACUCAAAGACGCGCCGAACGCUUUCUUUUACUUCCUCUUUGGUCAUUUUCAGUGUCUGUUCAUCGAACUGAAAGAUUUUGUUUGGGACUGUAUACUUGGGGGUAACUUCUCCUGUCUGACCGGUAAACUCCAUGGAUCAGGACUAUGAGCGACGGUUACUGCGGCAGAUCAAUGUCCAGAAUGACAAUGCCAGCCCUGUUAAAGUAACAGAUGCAAUAUGUCAUCUAACUCCCACCAAGUCACCAAUGUCCUCACCUAGCAAGCACGGGGAUCGGUUCAUACCGUCACGCGCAGGAGCCAACUGGAGUAUCAAUUUCCACAGGAUCAAUGAGAAUGAAAAGUCCCCAAGCCAGAAUAAGAAAACCAAGGAUGCAACAUCAGACACGGGCAAAGCGGAUGGUCUGGCGUACUCGGCGCUGCUGAAGAAUGAGCUGCUGGGAGCCGGAAUCGAGAAAGUUCAGGAUCCGCAGACGGAGGACAGGAGGCUGCAGCCGUCCACACCAGAGAGGAGGAGUCUCUUUAAUUAUUCUCUCAGUGCCAAGAGAUUGACGCCUGAUGAGGGUAACAGUGUCUCUCCGUACUCCUUGUCCCCUGUAAGCAGUAAAAGUCAAAAGCUGCUACGCUCGCCAAGGAAACCCACUCGCAAAAUUUCCAAGAUCCCGUUUAAGGUGCUUGAUGCACCAGAGCUGCAAGAUGAUUUCUACCUCAACCUGGUGGACUGGUCCUCCUUAAAUGUCCUCAGUGUUGGACUGGGCACCUGCGUCUACCUGUGGAGUGCAUGCACGAGCCAAGUAACGCGCCUGUGUGACCUGUCCGUUGAGGGAGACUCCGUGACGUCCGUUGGCUGGUCAGAAAGGGGGAGUCUUGUGGCAGUCGGCACACACAAAGGGUUUGUGCAAAUCUGGGAUGCAGCCGCAGGCAAGAAACUAUUUGCACUAGAGGGCCACACAGCCAGAGUCGGUGCGUUGGCAUGGAACGCAGACCAGCUGUCAUCGGGCAGUCGGGACCGCAUGAUCCUGCAGCGGGACAUCCGGACGCCUCCCCUGCAGUCGGAGCGCCGGCUCCAGGGACACAGGCAGGAGGUGUGCGGCCUGAAGUGGAGCACAGACCACCAGCUGCUUGCCUCGGGAGGGAAUGACAACAAGCUGCUGGUGUGGAACCACUCUAGCAUAGCGCCCGUGCAGCAGUACACGGAGCACCUGGCGGCAGUGAAGGCCAUCGCCUGGUCGCCACACCAGCACGGCCUGCUGGCAUCCGGUGGAGGGACAGCCGACCGCUGCAUCCGCUUCUGGAACACGCUGACGGGGCAGCCGCUGCAGUGCAUAGACACAGGCUCGCAGGUCUGCAACCUGGCCUGGUCCAAACACACCAACGAACUGGUCAGCACACACGGCUACUCUCAAAACCAGAUCCUAGUGUGGAAGUACCCUUCACUUACUCAGAUAGCCAAACUGACGGGCCACUCCUACAGGGUCCUGUACCUGGCGAUGUCUCCGGACGGCGAAGCCAUCGUGACAGGAGCCGGAGAUGAGACGCUGCGAUUCUGGAAUGUGUUUAGCAAAACGCGAUCAACAAAGGAAUCUGUGUCCGUUCUAAACCUGUUCACCAGAAUCCGAUAGAGGCGCAGCUGUGCGUGAAGGACUUCACUGCCACGUCAUCACACGUGCGUCUUACACACCCUGCUCAGGGCAAGGCUUCGGUUUUCUCCCGUGGCAGACGAGGCACUGUAAGAGGACACGUUUAAACUUUGGCUUAUCAGACUUCAGCGUUUGCUGCUGCUCCACAGCUGGAUUCGUCAUUUCAGUGUCAUUGUGCUAAGUUUGUGUCUUUUUUUUUUUUAUUAAUGUUCAUGUACAGUUUGUUUUUAAACCCAUGAUCUGUCUAAUAAUGCAAGUAUGUAUAAUACAAGCCUUAAGGCAGGCGGGGGGGGGAGAGGUUGGCUUAAUAUAUGGCUGCAGCACUGGGGAGCUAAUUUGUUAGUAAUGUAAAUUCUUUUACUGGAAUAAGAAAACAGAAAAAGGGUAUAAAGAUUAUGACACCAUGUGGCACAAACAGCCAGUGCCUGCCGUUUUUAAAAACGAGGAAUACAGCAGCCUGAAACAGAAACUCUGCCCUGUUUGUUUUGUCUGGGGGAAAAUUUUUAUUAGUAUAGUUUACAUCACUACUGCUGCUUAAGAAGGGUGGGGGGUGGGGUUAGUCUUUUAGCUGGUGUACCAUGUAAAUAACAAACAUUCACAUAGCUUUAUUAAUUGAAUAUACAGCGUAAUUUCAGUCACAAGCAAAAUA